AAAACGCAGGGCAAUAAAGAACAUAUUUUCAAAGUAGAACUGAUAAGAGGAUUUUACUGCAGAUUAAACUGGUGUCAAUAUGAUAUUACCUGCUGUUAUACGGUUGACUUCAAGAGAACCCAUCACUCGGUGCAUAUAAUCUCAUGAGGAUGGCCGUCACCACCAACAUAUUUGCCGACAAGCAGACCAACAACUGGUUCAAGGCGUGCAUAGCCCUGAAUGUCACAAAGGAAGGGCUUGCUCACUUCGUUGACACAGAGAUAAAAAAAGUACAAACUGCUGUUGGUAAAAGUUGCGGAAAUUGUUGUACGGAGAACCUAAUAGUAUGUCCCACUAAAGGGAUUUGUAAAAACCCAAAGAACUGCAACUACCAUACACAAACCAAGCAACCGCGCAAAUGUCCAAUGAAUGUAUGUGACCUCGUCGCCAAAAGUAUUACCUUACAACAUAGAUAUAAUGGACCAUCUUGGUUGAACACCAAAGCGGAACUGUGGUCGACAGAUCAUUGGCAAAUCGCCAAAUGUUUUUUCCCACCAGAUGGAUAUAUUAAUGUUUCGUCGAUUUAUGAAACGGAUUUCAAUGGUGUCAUCAACGUGCUUCUUAAUUGCAAACAUUUUGAUAGUUGUAUUUCCUUUACUAUUGCAACGAAGCAACCGGACCCAGCAUGCCUUUUAACACGGGCCCGUCAAAUAGGCCGAGAUAUUCGUCACACAUCCGACUGCAAAGUUACAGAUGAUGAACUACGUGACUUCCUUCAAACAUUGGAUACGCUUCUGGCAGAUCCAAAGUGUUUAGCCCAGGAUCCUGUUGCUUCAUCAGCAAGAACUAAACUUGUCAAUUUGCAGAAUGAUCGUCUUACACUUGCUGAAGUGGGAGAGCUCUUAAAAGAGGCCAAUCAGAUCCUAACUCAGGCACGAGAGGCCGGAGAACGUUUUUCAGAAAAUGCUGAAAGGACCAUAACAGAAUGUCUGAAUACCUUAGAGGCUGCUAUACUUGCGGGAGAACUACGAAUUGAAAACAAGAUACAGGAUGGAAUUGAGCGUUUGACAGGGCACGGUGCGAACGUUGAAUGGUUCAAUUCGAGAUGGAACAAAAUUGCACAAGAUCAAGGGCUAUGCGAUGCAGAAGAAGAGGAGUUAGUGCUUAACAUGAACAAUGUUACCAUGGUGACGAGAUCUCAGUGGUAUGCCCUAUCCUCCAAAGAAGAUGCACAAUAUAUGACGAUGCCAGUGAGCCACGUGUUCAUAUACCAUACGAUGAUGAAUGAGUGCUUCUCGAAAAGAGAAUGUGCCAUAGAGAUGUGCAAAAUACAACUUAUUCAUCAAUAUAAUAAUGGAUGGGCCGAUAUCGGUUACAACUUUGUGAUCGGACAGGACGGUAGGGUAUACAUGGGUCGAGGGUGGGAUCAGGUCGGGGCCCACACGUUGGGCUGGAAUAAUGUAUCAAUUUCAUUUGCAUUCACGGGAAACUUUACGGGAAAACUGCCCACUGACGUCGCCUUGAAGGCUCUUGAGGCUGCUCUUGUCCUUGGUGUGAAACUCGGUAAACUCACGCCCGACUUUAAGCUGCACGGUCACAGGGACGCAAGGCCUACGGAGAGCCCAGGGCAGAAGCUGUACGAUCUGAUUCGUACACAUAAACACUAUGAGCCCAUUGGACCGAACAUUGUUACUUUCUCUCCGAAAUCUCUUGUAUGACAUUUUAAUAUAUGUCAACUUUUUGCAUCGUUGUCUUGCACUCUUUUUGUUUAUUAACAUAAUUUGUUUUUUAUUAUUGUUUGCCUGAUAUGUAAACACAUGUUAAGACUGUAUUGUAGAUAGAUCGUUAUCCCUCUCUUCCAAGAUAUCUGUAUAUUAUGUGAAUGUAAAUUUUAUUUCAUGACAUUUGCUUUAUGUGUUCGUUAAUUAUACCAUAAACAUGUGAAAUAUGUAUCUCAAAUUAGUUUGUUAUAUCACUGCUAUCUUAAGAGUGCAAGUGGCUUUUUGCUAGUAACCAAGUAUGUGUCGAUAAUAGUAGAGUAAUAUUCUCGUUAUCUUUGUUAACUAUGUAUAUGUAAUUGAUUUUGACAUUAAUAAUUAUUGUGCACAUGGCAUACAGUUUUGAUCGAGUAAGAUAAUUUGCAUCGGAUUUAUUUUUUAAUAUGGUGAAACUGUUCUGUUAAAAUUAUAAAAUAUGCAAUAACUUUGAA